CCGUCUACCAAGCUUGUUCUCUUCAGUGAGAGGAGUGAGAGAGCACAGUGAGGACAAGAGAAACGCCCGUGGCUGCACCUGCACCUGAGCCUAAAACACAGUCCCCAGAGUGCAUCGUUCAGAGUGUAUAACCUAUAACAGGCAUCCGGUGUCGGGAAGCAAGUACGUCGUCUACAGGAAGAGAGAGGUCGAAAUGCGAAAAACCGGCAAAGUCUGUACUGCGAUAUGAAAAAGUUUUCUUCUGGCACCUUGAAAAGCGUGUGUUCCAUGGGUGCGCUCGUAUGUGCAUACGUGUCUCUCUUUACGUGUAUAUCCAUGCACUAGGUCUAUGGUCAGUGUAUAGGUGCGUGCGUGUGUAAUUGUCCUGGGGAGACGAAACUCCCUCGUCUUGCGAUCCAGCCAGCCUCUCUUGGUUUCGCGUAUGCUCUAUAGAUAUAAUCCUGAGCAAAGCCGAGCCAAGGCAACGCUACGGCCACGGUGUUUAUUCUCUGCCCAAAAGGAGUUCCUCCUUGGCGUGUGCGCGCCCAGUGCGGUUUUUUCUGCAGCAGUCCGAUUACGAGUCAGUGCGCGCCUUAGAGAGAACGACGGACGCCGUGGUAUUAUUCUCAACGAUGGACUAUAGUAUUGUCCAUCUGGCAGUUUCUCAGAUAUUCUAGUGACCACUUCGUAAUACCUAACCUCAAAAAGUACGCGAUCCAGUGUGUAUUAUAUAGUGUGAAAUAGCAUAUCUGUGUUUUAUUUCGGUUCUUCCGGUACUAAACAGUAUUACUAGAAUUUAUAUCGAGUACAUCCUCGUAGUGGCUUCUCGAAGAGGAUUAGAAAAUGGUGUUUUGUGCAUUCAACGAUCUGAACUACCACGACGGCAACGCCUGUUUUAUAACGCUUUCUCGCGCGAUGUGAUUACAUAUUUUGAAGUGCUCAGGAAGAGGAGAUUAAGAAACCGAGUGUGAGAACGACCAAGCAAAAUAGAUGGCUAUUUAUAGGCCAUAUCCUAUUCCUACCAUUUUUGCGUGAACUUGAGGAGUGAUACCAAAGCGAAGGAACAUGGGCCUCACGAUGAUCGUAUGGCCCGGUGGAUCUUGAGGGACACCGAGCAGCAGAGCAGCAAUCCCCGGCCGAUAAAGCGAGACGACUGAGAAUCAAGAGGAGAUAUUUGCCUUCGUUAUCAACCCUGGAUCAAAGGGGUCUGUUCGUACACGUAGCGCGCAGUGUUUGAGGCUCUGUGUGAGGUAUUAAGGGAGCCCCGGAUGAGGAUGAGGCUGAGGACGAGGACAUCCUCCCGGAUGGAUAAUGACGACGAGGGCGAGUCGCGAGUGGCCGGUGCGUGCGCCGCGAAGUGCCAAGUGUCUCCAUGGCAGUGCGACGUCGUGGUGCCUCGACGCCGCUGAGUAAAAUCAGCGACACGUGGACGUCGCGACGAGAUAUGCGGACUUUUGGGCGACAGGGAAAACCGGAAGUCGCCAGAGAGGCCAGGGCGGAUCGCGCGCCGCCUAAUCGGUGAUAGGGGCGCGUACUGAUUGAUCAAGGAAGGAACUGGCUAGCUCGUUCUACUCCGAUACCCAAUUGUCAUCCAGCACGAGUCGUGCACAGGGGGGGUGGGGGAUUGCUGCUUCCUCAACUGUUCCCUAUCCUCGCACCCCUUCACCUGAAUCUUAACCUGACGAUUCUUGCACCGCAUUUCACAGCAAAUCAGGAAGGUCCCUGCUAAUCAGGACCUUGUCUUAUACGGAGUUCUGGUACCUGCCAUUUAUUUUUCUUUAUCAACCUGAGCCUGCAGUUUUAUUAGAAGAUUAUCCACGCUCUCCAUCCACCUCCCCCCCUCCCCCUCUUCUUCAAUUCUAAAUCUCACUAACCUCUCCCGCUGACCAUUGUUGUCCAUCUCCCGAGAACAACAACGUACUCCAUUACUCUUUACCGUUCUACUAUAUGUACAUGAGUAUAUGUAUGUACGUACACCUAUAUCCCGUUCUACUCGUACCCUUUUGUUUUUAAACGGGCACGGUCAACGAUACGACUGCUUGCUGUUGUGUAUAGAUAUCCGCGUGAGGAUGCGAGAUACGUUUUAGAGGAGGAACAAAAAGAGUGCGUGUUACUGUGGGGAUAUGUGAUACGUGUAUGUCGCUCUGUGCUUAGAUACUGAACGAUUCGCGUGUUAACGCCAACGACUAUUUGGAAGCGAAGCCGAAAAUAUUUUGUAUUCAUUCCCCCUCCCGCCGCUGCAGGCGUUCAUCCCGUGUCACGAUAACGUCGUUACCUUGGAGGAGGAAGAGGGAACGAGCGAAGAAAGAGGAGAGAGAGAGAGAGAGGUAGAAUAGAAAAAUUAAGGAUCCACGUGGAGAUUCUCCGACGUGUUUCAUGUGUGUACGCGGGUGUAGUGCAAGAGUAUCCUAAAUGUCUAUACAUGUACGUUGACCGUAUAGAUUGUGAGAGAGUAAAAAGGAGGCCGCGGGUAAACCUGAUAUGUCGUGUGGCUAGAGGAGUCUUGUAAAAAUAGGAAUAAAAAAACGGUGACCGAGAGCAAAGGGGAGGACGAGGUGAGAAAGAGAGAGAGAGAGAGAGAGAGAGAGAGAGAGAGAGAGAGAAACAGAGAAGGAAAAAAAUUUACAGCUAAAAAAUAAGCGACACUUUUACAGUGAGGUAAAAUUAUUAAAAGCGUUAAAUAACAGGUGGCGCGAGCUCUUUAAAGAUAUUAUAUUCGGGAAUAAUAAUUGAAAAAAAAAAGAAGUACAUAAAAAGAAAAGGUUGUUUAUGUAUAUAUAUAUAUACCGUGAGUAUAUAUAUAUAUUUGUAUGCUAUUAUAAAUAUACAUAUAUAUUGUGUGUGUACAGUGAAGUACGCUGGUGAGGUACCUUGUGCGAGGAACCUUAUUUGAGUGAGUGUACGCACACACGUCUUGCACGUGUCGUCGUCGCUGAGGCUCGACCACCUUCCUAAGGAAAUUCGAGUUCCUUCCUGCCACGGCUGACGUCAUUAUCGCACAUAAUGCGCUAAGGGUGAUGGAGACAGUGGGCAAGCAAGUCCAGGUAGUGAGUGGACUGGGGGUGGGGGGUCCCGUGGGCCCGGUGGGCCCAGUGGGGGGAGAGCUGCAUCGGCAUCACCACCCCCACCCCCACGAGGGCCAUGGCCACUCGCUAGUAACUACGGCUACCCCCACCAGAGGUCAGGCCCAAUCGCAUCAACCGCAGCCACCACCCCCACAUAACCAGCACCUUCCAGCGAGGUCUACCCCUGUUCAGCUGCAUAGGUGUUUCAGGCCGACACAGAAUUACAGCAGUAUAAAAAGCAGCAGCCCCGUAUCACCCAGGACAGUUGGGGGUUCAUACGUGCAAGGGGGCUCUGGUGCCCCAUCUGCUGGUGGUGCGGUGGGUCCGCCAGGUAGCGGUAGUAGCGCCGGCGCCACGGGUGGCGCUGGUGCUGCCGGAGGUGGGUACGUCGCUGUUCCGGUUCCUGGAGGUCUGCGAUACGUCCAUCCGUAUCCCCCACCACCACCAUCGGCACCAUCCGCACCAAUAAACCACACGCCACCCCCACCAGGUGCCGCGGCGGCCUACACUAGAGACGCCUAUCGGAACGCCACCUCAAACAUAAAUGAAAGGGUCGCCAUCAGCGUCAGUAGCAGUCCCGUGUCGCAGGUGGGCGUCGGGGUCGGGGUCGGCGUUGGGGUCGGUGUUGGGGCUGGCGAAUACGUGGUUAGCAGUAGAGGUGACCGACCACGAAUAUCAUUGCUUCCACCUUCCUCGGUAGCUCCUGCACCCUCGCCAACGGCGCCCGACUAUCACGCUUCUGGUGUAAGGAAUCCACGAGGCCUCAUGCCCAUGCAGCCGGAUCAGUACUGCAACCGGCCCAUGGAGAUGGCUAACGUCCAGGAGACACCGCCCUUCAAGAAGAUCCGUCUUGGUCAGCCUCAGUCCCAAUCCACGUGUCAGACCCUCUCGACUGCUGAAACGUGCGUCAAGCAAGAGCAUGUGCAGCUGCAACAACCUCUCAGGAUAGAUACGAGGGAGCAGCCUGCAGCAGGUGCAUAUACACCACAGACGGAAGCAAUCUCUCCAACACUGCCCGAGCCAAGUACGCAGGAGGAUGCGCAGUUUAGGAGUAAUAAGGAUGAUUUGCUGCAGCAGAUAUCCAAGGUCGACAGAGAGAUCGCCAAAAGGGAAUCCCAGAUUAGUAAGUUACGUAAGAAGCUUAAGGAGCUGGAGGAGACUGCGAAUAAGCCACUGGAGGCCACUGGACUGAAAGUGGAAGAACAGUCCCAGCAGCCGAAGCAUCAGUCUCUGGCACAGAAGAUCUAUGCAGAGAACAGGAAAAAGGCAGAAGAGGCUCAUCGUCUCUUGGAUAGGUUAGGACCGAAGGUGGAACUACCAUUGUAUAACCAGCCUUCGGACACUACUGUAUACCAGGAGAACCGAACAAGGCAUCAAAGCUGCAUGCGAGCUAGGCUAGUGGCACGACUAAGACGAGAACAUGCAGAUCGUGCGUCUUUGCAUCGGCAACAGUCCCAGACGUACGCGAUUUUGGUGCAGGAAUGGCAUAGGAAGGUCGAAAGAUUGGAGGCAACGCAAAAAAGAAAGUCAAAGGAGAGCAAGAACCGUGAGUUCUUCGAAAAAGUAUUUCCUGAGCUGCGUAAGCAGCGAGAGGAUAAAGAACGGUUCAACAGGGUUGGUGCUCGUAUCAAGAGUGAGGCUGACCUCGAAGAAAUCAUGGAUGGUCUCCAGGAGCAGGAGGAAGAAAUGUCGACCGAGUUAAAAAAUUCCAUUAAAGCUCGUCAGAUGGAGGACAAGAAGAUGCGUUCAUACGCAGUAAUUCCGCCAUUGCUGCUGGACACCAAGCAACGAAGGAUUGCCUUUCAAAAUAGAAAUGGUUUACUACAGCCUGAGGAACUCGAAGCUUUACACAGUGAACGAAAGCUCAUAAAUGUCUGGAGUUCGAUGGAGCACGAGCUUUUCAAGGAAAAGUACCUUCAGCAUCCCAAGAAUUUCGGUGCGAUAGCCCAAUCGCUUGAGCAUAAAUCUGUGCCCGACUGUGUGCAUCACUACUACCUCACUAAGAAAGCCGAGAACUAUAAGCAACUUUUGCGAAAGUCACGGCAGAGGACGCGAAGUUCUCGAAAUAAUCCUAACAAUAAGGUGAACAACAGUAACUCCACUAUCGGGCCUAUAGAUAUAUUGACGACGGGAGUGACGACGAGGCUGCAGCGCGAGCAACAGCAAAAGACGCAGGAAAAUCCUCAGAAUAAUUCGUCGGCGGCGGCGACGACGACAACCUCGAAUACGGCGACGACGAGCGUGACGACGACGACGACGACGGCGUCGACAACGUUGUCUGGGGCUACAUCUUCGGGAGCGAGUCUAACAACUGAUACGACAUCCACGACAUCUUCUACAACGACAGUGACGACCAGUAGCGCCGCGACGACAGUCGUCGCUACCUCGUCCACCUCGAGCGCCAAGGACGCGCGCGAGGCGAAUAAGGAAAAUAAAGAGAAUAAAGGAGAUUCUAAAGAUUCGUCGCACGUAAAGGAUAUUAAAGAGGAAUCACAAUCAAGUUCGGAAACUGCUUCGGGAAAGGAUAUGAAAGUCACCAUGGAUGCCAAGGGUACCUUGUCCUCGUCGAUAAACACCAGCACGACAAACUCCACGACGGUUACGUCGGAUUCGAAGGAUAAGAAAAAAAGCAGUGGUGCUGCUACCGGUACCAGUGCUUCAGGUAGAGCCAAGGACAAGAAAAAGGAGAACCAUACGACUCCUAUGGAGACCAGCGACGAGGAGGCACAAUCCAUAGAAACUACUGAGAGUGGCAGGCAACUGGGUCCUCAUGCCUGUGCGAUUUGCCAGAACGUGGUCGAGGGUGGCACGCAGAGUAGAGCAUUGUCCAGGAGUCAAGCAUCUCAGUACGGGUUAAGAGAAGAUCAAGUUACACCGGGAGCUCGAGUGUGUAAUACCUGUAGGUGUAAAGCUGUUCGAGGACGAUAUACAGCUUGCCCAUUGCCUGGAUGUCCUAAUUUGAACAACGCAAAUUCGAAGACACGAGUGAAACGGUUACGUGCCCUUCCCCAGAAGUGGAAUGAUCUGCCUCUGGAGAUAAAGGAUCCAGUCAUACAGGAGUUUCAAAUACCGAGCAACGUGACCAAGUGCUGCUCGGUGUGCUUCAGCAGGAUAUCGCGUAGAUUAGCACCUCAUUUAUCAGGAGGUGCAGAUCCUGCAGAGGAUGCUGAUGGCUUCUCGCGGCAGUGGACGGACGAGGAAGUUGAGAAAUUGAGAAGAGCUUUGCGCGAACAUGGCACGAACUGGUCAAAGGUCUCCGAGCAGAUAUCCGGAAAGUCGAGUCACCAAUGUAAAAAUUAUUAUCUUGCGAACCGUAAGAAACAGGGUCUUGAUCAGAUGGUUAUUGAGUAUCAUCAGUCACUCGGAGAAGAGAGAAGACCCUGUCUUACGGAUGAGGAGGAAAGCGGAAGUAGUACGAGUAGCUGUGAUGAAUUGGCUGUGCAUGACUCUAGCGACACGGCCAGUGCGGGUAGCCCUGCCAAUACGAUAUCGAGCAGUACACCAGUUGUUGCGGCAACAAACGCCACCUUGUCGAUUCAGCAAUCAACAGACACCAAAUUAAACGACAAAUUGUCGGAUAUCGCUGUAGUCUCAUUGGUACCGUCCUCUGUUAACAUGCCCAACUCUCAACAAACGUCAGGGUCUAGUGUACAACAGGGAGCUACCAAUCGUGAGGAUUACGAUAGCUCUGCCACGGAGACGGCGGACGAGGGUCAGGGUGGCGCUGAUUUGGACAAUAGCAGUGUCGUUGUGACGUUAACGACUACCAAUACGACAACUAUAUUGCCACAGCAACAACAGCCACCGCAACCGCCAGCAACUAACAUACACUCGCCACCUACGACGACCAGCAGUGCUAACCCACUUACUGUCAAGGAUCUCAUGCUGGGUGUUAUAGAGAUGCAGCUUAAACGGAAUCCUCAUAGUCCUGCCGGAAGUAGCGGUUCAUCCAUUCCCGCCAGCUCUGGAACUCCUACGAUAUCCAGCAUCCUCAAGACGGAUCAUCGCAACGAUAUUACGUUUGUUCGGGAGUACAAACCAGCUGCGAAUAUCACUACUGCCAUGUCCAAUAGGGACUCUAACCUUGCGACGCUUUCCGUCGUUUCUGGAACUCAUCAUGGCCAUCAUUCCACGUCCAGUCCUCAGCAAAUAGGUCAAAUGCAAGCUACCAUAACACCUUGUCCACCUCCAGCGCCAAGUAAUCAAUCUCAAACCUCGGAUCUCCUUCCCAAGGAAGGCUUGGUGGUAGUACAAGUUCAACAGGCUCUCAGAGAAACGGAAGGUACUUUGGAUCUGAGUAUAAAGAAGCCCAGGCAACAGGAGUAUAAUCACUCGCUACAACCACCGCACAAACCACCACCCGUAACCAUAUACCGAACGGAACCACCCCAAGGAGCAGCAUGUACGUCUUAUCAUACGGUUUAUCACCAUUCCCAUCCGGAACAAGGCCGCGGUGCGAAGAGUCCUUUGGUUUAUACGUCAUCGCCAAGACCUCAAGCUCCACUGACACCGAAGAUGAACAAAGUAACAGUGCAGCCCCCUCAUCCGAAGUUGUCUCCAAAGCUGAGUGGAAUUAGUUCCGGUCAUAAGGGUGGGUCAAUUACUCACGGUACUCCGGUUUCUGGUGCCCGUUACGAAGGUCUUCUCAGGCAAAUGACUCCACCAGGAAGUACUGGUGGCGCAGGGAAUACUGGUAGCAGUCAGGGUCCAAAGGAAACUGGCUCUAUCACGCAAGGAACACCAGUGCAUCCGUUUGCAGUGGAUAAGAGAGCACCAAUCUAUGACUAUCAUCGAUCCAUUAGGCAUUCACCAGCUAAUACGGGGAAUGUUUCUGGCCAGCCUCAGAAUCAAGGCGUAGUAGUUACUCAUGGUAGCCAAUACAACUCUUAUCCAACUCGCCCGCCGCCGAGCUACACGAUGGAACAGCAACUGUCAUCAAGACAGAUUAUUAUGAACGAUUACAUAACGAGUCAACAGAUGCAGCAUCGAAGUCGAAAUCCACCACCUGCUGAAUCCGCGGCAAAGAACGAAUCUCAAUCACCACUUUACUAUGCGAGCACACCUCCACCACAGUCUCACACGCAACCCAGGCAGGGUGUUAUCCAGAGGCACAAUCCUCAGAAGCAGAUGCAUUAUCCUCCACCUCCAGGGCUCGAAGCUUUCUCUAGCCUAGUCGACGUAGCAGUUCAGCAACCCAGUUUGCCCGUACCGCAUCCACAUGGCCACCCACCAUCGGGAAGCAGUGGUCACGAAGGCUUAGGCAAAACGAUGGCAGAUCGCCUACUUGCGGAUCGAUACGUAGACAACAAUAGAGCUUUCCGGGAACAGGAAAUUAGGCUUCAGGAACAUCGUUUAGCUAUGCAGCAACAAGCCGAACAUCGAAUGGCUGUGGCUCAUCAGCAACAUCGAGAUCGUGAGCGAGAGCGGGAGCGAGAGAGAGAUUUUGCUCAUCUUCGUGAAAAGGAAGAGCAGAGAUUGCAGCGCGAGAAGGAAAUACAACAUUUGGAGCAUCGGCUAGCUGUUCAGCAACAAGAACAUCGUUUAGCGCAACACAGAGAAAAAGAAAUGCAACAUGCGGAGCAUAGGCUAUCGGUGCAGCAGCGCGAAAAGGAAAUUCAACACACGGAUCACAGAAUGGCAGUGCAUCAGCAACGGGAGAAAGAAAUUCAGCAACAGUUGGCCGCUGCACAGCGCGAAAAGGAGCACCAAGAACAUCGGCUGGCAGUACAGCAGCGAGAGAAAGAGAUUCAGCAACAACAGCAGGAACAUAGGUUGUCGGUGCAACACCAGCGUGAAAAGGAGAUACAGCAACAUCACGCUGAACAUCGGAUGGCAGUGCAGCAGCAGAGAGACUUGGCUCACUUACAACAACAACAAAUGCAACAAAUACAGCAUAUUCAGCAACAACAACGCAUCGAGAUAGAAAGGCGGCAUAUAGCUCAGAUUUAUCGCGAUCAGCAACAACAACAGCAACAGCAACAACUCGAUCGUGAAUCUUCUCGGAUGCUAGGCAGUGGUUUCCCUCCGUCUUCCAGGAUACAACAGCAGCAGCAACAGCAACAACAACAACAGCAGCAGCAGCAGCAGCAACAACAGCAGCAGCAACAACAGCAGCAGCAAUCCGCCUCGAGACAGGGCCAAUCUGCGCCUAAUCAGCAGCAAAGCGAGUCCUCGUCUACCUUAACAGCUGCGAGUCUGAUCGAUGCCAUUAUCACCCAUCAAAUAAAUCAGAGUGUUGAAAAUACUGGUGGAAGUCCUGUUUCUAAUAGUCAACCCACUAGACCUGGUGAUAGACUCUUUCAGGGAUUUCAUCGGGAAAGCCCAGCGGAGUCAAAUGGUGCGGCACAUAGUCCAGCUGGUGAUGGUGGAACUGGAAACAGUGGUCCCGGUUCUGGUAGCGGAAGUGGCAGUUCAACUAAAGCUAUUACCCUCGGAGAACACGUGGAUCAUAUAGUGACCAAGGAUUACGGACCUCCACACGGUUCUUAUAGAGCAUACCAAGGAUACCACGAAGACCAGUGGAAGAGGCGAAAAGUCGCCGAGCCGGAUUCCGUAAAGUCAGGUGACGAGCGACAGAUAAUUCGCGUUGCUCAACAACAACAGCAACAGCAACAGCAACAACAACAGCAGCAGCAGCAAGCACCCUCGAUGGCCAAACAACAGUUCCAUUCUGUAGAGCCAGUAUCACCACCUGAAACCACAACAAACCACUACGCAAGACGUUUCUACGAAACCACCACUGCCACUACAACUUCCGGUACUCCAACUAAUAAGCCUCACCUCUCGCCCUUGGACUAUGUAAAGAAUAAAAUCGUUGAGGUUAUGAGAACAUCCGAGGAUGACAAAGCCGGUACGCCUAGCGAUAGAAAUGGCGGAAAUAGUUCUGGUGAGAAGGAUGAUAAAUCCGGCACAAGUGUAGAGAGUCCAUCUGGUGGUGAAGUGGUUAUCGAUGAAUCACCUAAUCAGCCUCAACCACCAGCACCUGCGCCUACUACUUUCUAUCCGUUCAGUGCCCUCGGUGUACACACUGGACCACCACCAGCGCCUCCACCUCCAACUUCUGUUUCCGCAUCGGUAACAAAAGCCGAACAGUCCCAAGCAGAACCUGCACCGCUUUUAUCUGCUCAGUACGAGCCACUCUCGGAUGAGGACUGA